AUGACGCGCAAGAAGAACUCCUCCGCUUCACACAAACGUGGUCGCCCGACAAAGCUUGGACCGGCCCAAUGCGCACACUGCAACGACAGACAGCCUCUCUACAACGGGAAACGCGACGACAGAAAGACGACCCAAAGAAUCAUGUCCGAAUUCCUCGACUCCGAAACCGUGCUGUUCUUCUCCGUCUUUGGAUGGGUCAACCCUCUGCGUUCAUUCAACCACAUCAAUGUUGAACCGAGCGCGGAAGAUAUUUCCGCGCGCAAGGCAGAGGCGGAGGAAGCCAGGAAACAGGCCAAGAGCGACGCUGGGAGCGACGUGCACAAGAAGCGGGAUAAGUUGGUCAAGUAUGUGCGCACGCUCUUGGCGCAGCGAUUCGCAAACAAAUACGCUGGCCGCGACAAGAAGGCCACCGUUAUGCCGAAUAACACGGCGGCCCCGGCCAACAGCUCUGGCUCCGGCUCCGAUAUUCUCAAGCUCCUUUUCAAAUUUCUGGAACGGCCAAGCCCUAAGCAUCUUUGCAAGGUCUGGGCGAAUUCACAACCUGGCUUCGAAGCAGAAGUGGACCGAAGACUCCCAGAGGUACGAUCGGAGAAGGGGAACCCCAAUUACGCGCGCAUUGGGCUCUGGAACACGAUGGCUCGCUGCGGCUAUGAGGAGAGUAGUGAAGCAGAGAAGGAGCAAACCUUCAGGAAAGCGCAGGAUAUGUUGGAGAGAGAGAUGAAGAGCUGGAGGGCCGGUCUGGCUCUGCCGGAGACAAUAGAGGAGGGGAUCAGCUUCAUGGUAACAGCGCAACCUUUCUUAGAGGAGCUCAUGCAAUUCUUCGCGGACCGCUGUGGCGGCAUGGCUGUCAUGAUCCUGGCUGGUUCAGGGAAUGUUGUGUUGUCGCAAGGAACAUGCGAUAUAGCUGGAAAACCGAAGAUCCUCUAUGGCGAUAUUGAGGGCGAGCGACCGCUACUGAGAGGACUGGCUCAACGGGUUCACACACAAGCGUGCCUGGUCUCCGGUAAGCCGAGAAUCACAUAUUCUUUGACGAAGGUUGAACACCAGUCAGAGUCCAGAUGGGGCGUUUCUCUCGCGCGCCGCGCGCCAUCCACACCCUGUCAUGUCGAAGCAAAUAAGGACACGAGUGCUACAGAGGGCACGCAAGACACACCUUUACCUUCGCUGAUUAGUCCUUACGCUGCGGCCUCAAUCACACCAAUUCAUCUGGAGGACGACGACGGCGAGGAAGGGGACGACUGUGACGCAACCGUAGCUAUUGGUGUAGCGACCUCCCGACCACACAAGGCAACUGCUUUGACUGUGUCCCCCGCCGUAGAAAGUGUAGACGACUCAGUACGCUUACAGUUCGAUGGCGAUGACGCUGGCUUGGCCGACGAGAGCUAUCUAGGCCCCAUGUGGUCAGGGAUCGACAUAGUCGCCGACGAGGCUUGCUCUGUUGCUCGAGAAACGGAGAGCGCGCGUGCGACAGUGGACGUGAAUGCCGUUUGGGUGAAUACGGACGCGAGUGCAGAGGCCUGGCCCGGCGUCGAAGCAUCUUCUGGCGCGCAUGUCGUGGUUGUGGACGAACAUGAACCGCCGCAUCCCCCAAGACCCCGCCCAAAGGCUAGACGGCAUGCGACUCGAACAGAUCCGGCGGCCCCUACGAGCCCAGUCUCGACGUCCUCCGAUACAGUUCAAUCCGGCAUGGGCAUCGAAAUAAACGCCGCGCCCCUUACGGGAAGGACCGCACCGUUGGCUUGUAUGACUGAGAAGCCAAAUUGCAUAACAGCGUCAGGUGACAGCGUCGUCAAUAGCUUCGACGCCGGACGGGUAGAUGAGGAUGCCAAUACGCCAGUUCCUCGGCCGACGGGCAUCGCACAAGAGAAUAGGCCAUCGAUAUUCACGUUCCAACAGAGCACUCGUCAUUCUCUUUCAAGCGAUGAGGCAGCUUACACGAGAGGCGUCGCUAAAGACGGGGCAGAGCUUGAGAGGAGAAAGCCGUGGUUUGCUGGAAGGGGAAUGACCGCCUUUUUCCUCGCUGUCCCACAGAAGCUGAAGGAGAGGGUCAAUCUUGAGGUUGCCUUUGACAUGGUACGCGCGUACUUGACGUUUGAAUCGAGCAACGCGGCGGAAGGGACGCUUAAUGUACGGAGAUACGUGGCCAAUGGCCAGCCGCAGCCAGAGUACGUUGCGUCGCUUCAGCAGAAGAGCAUAGCCAAGAUAACGAGGGUUACGUGGAGCAAGAUGGCUCAACCAGGCAUGCGUCGCAUGCCUGCCGAACUAGACGUGGAUGUCGGAGUGUCCCUAGCACAGCAAUGGAUUCAUCAACAACCCGAUGCGCGUCGUACAGGGGAUGGGAGGUUGAGCAACGAGGCUCACACUGAGAUGAACUGGGAGAAGCGCCUUACGCCUGGUCCGUUGGGAGUGAGGCUUCUGGUGCAGACUUUGCUUUGUUGGGGAUCGAAGAUCGACACAGAGGCGAGGUUGGAAAGGGUGGAGUGGGAAAAGUUGGCGCGGGACUUCGCGGACGUCAUGGCGCUUUUAGCUUGUCAGGCGGGCCCCUACGAGAUGCCGGCGACGGACGAAGGAGCGACGGACGUCGGAAAGCGUAUCAAGUAA